GUGGAACUUCCAUGUUUGAGAGAGAUUUUAUUUUUCGCCUGAAUAAGCUGAAUUAUCAAGAUGCAUAUGCUUCGCCGUGACAAAAAGGAGGAAGAGGAGGGUGGCGGAAACCCCUUUGCCAAUUUGGAGAAGUCCACAGUUCUGCAAGAGGCCAGGACAUUUAAUGACACUCCAAUCAACCCAAGAAAAUGCUGUCACAUCCUGACCAAGAUCAUCUACAUGCUCAACCAGGGUGAACACAUUGGUACCACAGAGGCUACAGAGACAUUCUUUGCAAUGACCAAGCUGUUUCAGUCGAAAGAUGUGACCUUGCGCCGUAUGGUAUACCUGUGCAUCAAGGAGAUGGCUAAUAUUGCUGAAGACGUGAUCAUUGUGACAAGUAGUCUUACCAAGGACAUGACUGGAAGGGAGGAUCAGUUCCGUGCCCCUGCAAUCAGGGCCCUUUGCAAGAUCACUGAUGGUACCAUGUUGCAGAGCAUUGAGCGCUACAUGAAGCAGGCCAUAGUAGAUAAGUCUCAUGCUGUGUCCAGUGCAUCACUAUGUUCAUCAUUGCACUUGAUGCGUACUAGCCAUGAUGUGGUGAAGCGUUGGGUGAAUGAGGCCCAGGAAGCAGUGAACAGCGAUAACGUUAUGGUCCAGUAUCAUGCAUUGGGUCUCCUCUACCACAUCAGGAAGACUGACAAACUUGCCUUGUCCAAGUUGGUCAGCAAAUUCAGCAGGCAUUCCUUGAAGUCGCCCUAUGCCUACUGCCUAUUGAUUCGCAUUGCAUGCAAAUUGAUUGAGGAAGAAGGAGCUGGAUCGGACAGCCCGAUGUUUGAGUUCAUUGAAAGUUGCCUGCGCCACAAAAGCGAGAUGGUUAUCUACGAGGCAGCCCAUGCCAUUGUCAGCAUGAAGCAUACAACAGCCAAGGAAUUAGCACCAGCUGUCUCAGUCUUACAGUUGUUCUGUAGCUCUCCAAAACCUACCCUCAGGUUUGCCGCAGUUAGGACACUCAAUAAGGUUGCGAUGAAGCAUCCAGCGGCUGUCACAGCAUGUAACCUUGACCUUGAGAACCUGAUCACGGAUGUCAACAGGAGUAUCGCUACGCUGGCUAUUACCACGCUACUCAAGACUGGCAGUGAAAGCAGCGUUGAUCGUCUGAUGAAACAGAUAUCAUCUUUCAUGUCCGAGAUAUCCGACGAGUUUAAGAUUGUCGUCGUCGAUGCCAUUCGUGCCCUUUGUCUGAAGUUCCCACGGAAGCAUGGCGUCAUGAUGAAUUUCCUCUCAUCGAUGCUGAGAGAUGAGGGUGGCUAUGACUACAAGAAGGCCAUUGUUGAUACUAUCAUCUCCAUCGUGGAGGAUAAUCCGGAGGCAAAGGAAUCGGGUCUUUCCCAUCUGUGCGAGUUUAUUGAGGAUUGUGAGCACACGGUCCUGGCGACGAGGAUUCUUCAUCUUCUCGGCCGUGAAGGACCGAGGACAUUGAAUCCCUACAAGUACAUCCGAUUCAUCUACAAUAGGGUCAUUCUGGAGAAUGCUGCUGUCAGGGCAGCUGCUGUGACCGCUCUGGCAAAGUUUGGUGCCCACUGUGAGGGUCUUUUGCCAAGUGUCCUUGUUCUCCUCAGAAGGUCGUUGCUUGACACUGAUGAUGAGGUUCGAGAUCGUGCCACAUUCUACCUUAACGUCCUGGAAGAGUUACAGAUGGCACUCAACUCUGCUUACAUCCUCAAUGGUCUCCAGGUGUCCGUCGUUGGCCUUGAGAGGUCUCUCCACAACUACACCCUGGACCCAUCGGAGACGCCAUUUGAUAUGAAAACAGUGCCCCUGGCAACGCAGCCAAUCACAGAACAGAAGACAGUGUCAGUCACACCCAGUAUGGGAUUGGGAGAUAUCUCUGCCAAACCACAGGAGAAAGUUGCAGCCACAAGGCAGGAUAUUUAUGCAGAGCAACUGGCCCAGAUUCCCGAGUUUGCUGGUCUUGGUCCUCUCUUCAAGUCCUCCAGUGCUCCUGUAGAACUAACGGAAUCAGAAACGGAAUAUGUUGUACAAUGUAUAAAACAUACUUUCCAAGACUACAUUGUGUUCCAGUUUGACUGCAUGAACACCCUGAAUGAUCAGAUUUUAGAAAAUGUCAAGGUCAACAUGGAGACGAGUGAUGAUUUCGAGGUUGUACGAUAUAUACCAGCUCCAUGCCUAAAAUACAACGUAUCGGGAACGGCUUAUACAUGUGUGAAAUUAUCAGAUGAUGCUACUUUAGUUGCUGGUACAUUCAGCUGUACUCUCAAGUUUACUGUGAAGGAUUGCGACCCAGCUACUGGUGAGCCUGAUGAUGAAGGAUAUGAGGACGAGUAUGUGCUCGAGGAUAUUGAAGUGACAGUGUCUGAUCAUGUGCAGAAGGUCAUGAAGCCUAACUUUGGUGCCUCAUGGGAAGAGAUUGGACCAGAAAACGAGCUAGAAGAUACAUACGCUUUGUCUUCAAUGAAAACAUUAGAUGAGGCUGUCAAAAAUAUUAUCCAGUUUAUGGGACUCCAGCCAUGCGAACGUACAGACAAGGUCCCAGAAGGCAAAAAUUCACACACCCUGCUUCUUGCCGGGGUGUAUAGAGGGGGCUACGAUACAUUGGUGCGGGCCAAGUUGGCUCUCAGUGAUGGAGGGAAUAAUGGGGUGACCAUGCAGAUCACAGUGAGGAGUAUGGAUAGUGCAGCUUCGGAAGUCAUCGCCUCUGCUGUUGGUUAAUUCCCUGUAUAGCGUUUCCUCCCUAUACAAAAGACAAUUUAGUUUCUUCUUUUGAUUUGACUAUGGUUAACCAUCUUGGUGUGGACCAUUUCAGUGCUGCAAAUGCCAUCAGUAGUAUGAUUGUGGUCUGAUUGGAUGUCCUAUGAACAGACAUGAUAUUAGCUUGUAUUGGAUAAUGGCUGUUAAAAUCUUGUGUUUCACACAUCAUUUGUCUAAUGAUACUUAGAGCCAUUAUAAAUGAAAUACAGUUCAUUUCCUUACUGAAUUAUUCAAUCAAUGUCUAAGGUGAAGUGGUGGUUGGUGUCUAUACAUGAAGUUGUAAAACUUUAGAACAUCUUGUAUUGGGUAUUGUUUGACUUGUUAAAUACGUGCUUUUUUGACGAGGUCACUGGUAACGCCGCAAUCAAUGUUAACUGUGUAUCCCCCUCCCACUCGGGUAAUCUACACUCAAGUCGACAUACAGUACGUCUCAUUUUAACAUACCCGCGAUAACUGGUAAAUAAACACUUGUGACACAGUUUAAAAUAACAGGAUAGUUUUUCCUGGUAAUUUUAUAGGCUAGUGAUAAAGUGCGCUGUGAGUGCCAGUAAAAAAACGUGUGAAAUAACACGAUAUAUUUUCCGUGUACAUCUAUACUAUGUAAGUAGGCCACUGUAUCUACUAAGUAGGCCACCACACUGGUGGCGUAUUGCCGAUAUUAUACAAAUAGUGGAUGUUUGGGAGUCCGAUAUGGAAUUUUGAUGGACGAAGAAAUGUCAUGGCCUACUGGUGACCUCGCGCCUCCAUGUACAAUUUCUGAUUAUCUCCGCUGCGCUUCCGUGGUUUGAAAGAGUUAAUUUUUGCUCCGAGCUGAAAACCCGGUGUGAUAGAAUCAAAUGCCCUCCCUUUCCUGAUGCCUGCCUGUAUUGUUCGUUUUCGGAUUAAGGGUCUUGGCUUCUUUAGAGUCCUAUUGAAUGGUGCCGUGUUCAUUGAGGGCAUUUAAUAUCAGGGGGCAUCUGAUUCUAUUACACCGGUGUAUACAGGUAAAGGGAACGGAGGUCCUAGGAAUGCAGGACCACACACAAUAGCCGUGUAUUGUCCUCGAAUGGUUUGGUUGGGGUUAGCUAUAAUCUUCAACAAAGGAACUGCGCGACUCUAUUCACUCUAACAAAAGGAGCGGACCUAGAUUCCAGAGGGACUUGCGUUUCUUUUACACCGGGCUGAAAAACGCAUGUGAAUUUACACACUACAUAAGGCCAUAGCCACUGUAAACAAAGCCACAUUCCAAGACUCCAUAUAAUAAUCAUAAUGGUCAUAGCUAAUUAGGCGUAUAAUUUGUUAUUUUUAGUGACAAGUUAAAGAUUGCUGGAUCAGUUUCUUUUUAGAGUGGAGUGAUAUUUAAAAAACACAAAUCUAGUCUAAAGACGGUCAUCCUCGGCACCCAGUGGUUUUCCAUAUGCUCCAGCUCUCGCUAUUACAAUUUUAUUUUACAAUAUUAUUUUGUAUGGGACGUAGGAGUAUCAAAAACCUGAAUCUCAGGAUGAAAGACGGUAUUCCUAAAGACUCCAUCAAGACAAAAUCAUCCUCGGCACCAGUGGUUUGCUCUCGCUAGGGACGUACCUGAAUCUCCGCGAGGUCGCCACAACUCCAAUCACCUGAAUGUUCACAACUGGGACAAUUUGAGAGGCAUCACACCGGAUGUGCCUUAUUUACGAAAACUUAUAACUGCCAGUGUAGAUGCGAAGGGCCUAUCCGAUCCGCGUCCGGAGUGAGUUACUCUAAGCGCACACCCAGUUUGCCUGAGUGUGAGAGAUUUUUAACAUUUUUAACAACAUUAGGCCUAUAUUAGGUAUGAUUACAUUCCUGCUGCUCCAGGUUAGCAAGGCAUGCUCCAAGGUAUCCCUUUUCAAAGUCAUGAUGAUUUACUACUCGUUCGGAACCAGUCUCAUUCUAGGCCUAGCCCAUUUAAAUAUCCUCGAUGUGCUCCCGGGGAUGUGCUACGCUCCGACUCCGCCUUUUUUAGGGACGAAAACAUUGGUCUAGUCUCAUCUUUGAAUUGAGUAACUAGACUAGUUACUGGUACUCUAAGGUCUCAUUCAUUCACAUUACUGACCAAACUCGCACAGUUCCGAAAUUAAAAUUCAAUUUGUGAAGGAACGCUGCAUGGGUCUCACUAGCCAGUGGUGAUCAGGUCAACAUUGGUCCCCCUUAAAAAAAAAGUUCUUCAAUCUCAGGCGAUUACCAUGGAUACAGAUAAGCCUAUCAUAUCGCUAUUGCUGCAUGUUCAAAUGUCGGUGUCCUGGGUAUUUUGUGAAGAGGUAGCUCUGACGAUUAUUUGAGGAAAAUAUCAGCUUCUUCUGUGCACGUCCGCAGUGACCAGGCCUCGCAUGCUAUGUAUAGCUCAAUCGGAUGUUGACAUGAACUGGUUCCUGUCAGAGUGCACAUGUUCUCAAGGUGAGACUUCGCGGUCAAAAUGCUCAAAGAAAAGCCGCAACGACACCCUAUUUUGGUAUCAAAAUUUAAAAUUGUUAUUAUUUUGCUUUCUCAAGGUGAUAAGUAGAAGUUUAUAAAAAUAUUAUUUCACCAUCCAUGUUAAUCGUCAAGUUAUAAGGCGGCAAGGUGAAAUUUUCAAAAUUUUCAUCGAUGUACAGGGUGUCUCAUGUAUUGUGCUGCCCCCAUGUUCUCAUGACUGAAUUACUUGAUAACAAUGAAAGCUGGCCAGAUGUAUUCUAGAAGCGACAAGCUAUUCAGAAAUGUAUAGGUUUAUGUGUGAGAGUGAUAUACUGCAAGGUCGACAGCCACUUGAACAGGGGUAUGCAUGAAAUGACGUCGCGCCAUUUGUGGAGCCAGGUAGGCCCGGCCAUUGCACUGGCUAGUGAGACCAUGGAUUACUGACGCCAGGCAGCGUUGGGUCGAGGUUUAAUACAUGGACUAUACAAAAUACGUCGCUGUGCGAGUUAGCAUGAGUGCGUCGGCGCGAUGACUGUACUACGAUGAGUGAGCGUAGGCGCGAUGACUGGAACGAGGCUGAUAUUAACUCUGCUUUUGGAGAAUGCUACCGGACGUGAUCAAAGAUUGGAUUGGAACUUCAAAAAAUGGCGGCGUCGAUGGCUGCCGCUGCGUCUUCUCCGCAGCAAAAAGACAGCAUACCGAUACCUAUCUCACAAGCCACCAAAGAUGAUAUACAUUUUUUCAUAGCGCAGAUGUCGGGUGAACGUAGGGGAAAUCGAGGGGAUUUCUUCUACACGCAUUUUGCGGCUGUUAAUGAUCUUCGUUGUUCGUUUUCGGCGUGUUCUGAACGUGACCUAGUGCCUGAAUCCUUUGUGACAGAAGGCCUGGGCAUCGUAGGUCCUCCGGUAGCACCGGGGGAAUUAGCCAGGAACAUCUUAAAAAACCCCAUUGCAAAAUUACGGAAAGCAUUGGAAGAUGGUCAUUAUACUAAAGCGGACAAACAUCUGGCGGCUAUUGUGGAGUAUAUGGAAUGUUACAAUGAAGGAUUACAUCUUGGCGAAGGCAGAAGGGGUGAGUAGAAGCGUAUGUAUAGGCAGGAGCAAAGUGGAUUAAAUUGGCCCGAUCUUCAGGUGAUUAAAAAUUAGUAUACAGAGUAAGGGCAUUUGGUUGUGUUGUUAGAUCAGUCUCAUGGUUCGCACAGGACAGGACAUUAUUCAAUGGCAUUUAGGCCACUGGGGCACUCUGGGUGUGUUUUUUUACAUUAAUUAAACACCAUUAUUUUCACUGCAAAGUGUUGAAUGUUGAAAAUGUUCCUUAUCGAAUCCUUGUAAAUGAAAUUGACAAGCGUAGAGUUCUAUAUAUCACUAUUAUUCAUGAUAACUAAUAAGAGGUAGUACAGUACAGAAUGUAGCUGAAGCCAUGUUGUCUAAGAAGGAAGUGAUGCUGAGUUAGUUACAGCAAGAUAAUGAUAGGUGGCAAUAGUAAUGAUAAUACAUUCAGGUAGACAUACGGUAGUAUGAGUCAUCAUACAGUAAGGUUAAACUGAAACAUCUGAUAAUACUACAUCUCCCUCCUUGAGAUAUUAAUCCACACUGGAAAUAAGCAAUGUUAGUAAUAUACAAUCAAUACAAGGUAUAUAUGAAACUAAUGUGAAGAUAUGCAAAAUAAACCUUAUCAGCUUAGAGUUGUCUCACAAGAAAUUGGGUGAUCAGUCCAAUGAUUUGGAAUCAAUCCAUAGGGUCAUUUUUUCACAAUGUGAGUGUACAUACCAGCUGUACCUAGCACUUAUAACAUCCGGAUUAUACGUAUCAUUAGUAUCAGUCUGUGCAUGAGAAUCGUGUAAUAUGAGUAAU